AUGUAUAGAUCAAUAGUAAUUUUAUUAACUACCAUGAUUAUGGUGGGUUCAUCCACACAAUACUGUGUGAAAUUGACUGGUAAAAGUGAUUACUGUAGUAAUAUGCCAGCAAAAGUGUGUUCCCUAAAUAAAGAUCCCAUCGAUGCAGCUCAAUACAAUUAUGAAGUAUACAACUCCAAUGCUGCUAAUUUCAACCCCACUUUAGAUUGUCCUGCCAAUAAAUUUGCUUCCUAUAUGGAUCCACUUACUUUUUGUAAUUAUAAUAUGCCUUGCCAAUCAGAUAAGGAUUGUUUACCAUUCUGUUAUUCUUCAUGUACCAGCUGUCAAAAUGUUACCGAAUGUAAUAGACUUGUAAAGAGUGGUCAAUAUGCUGCAAAGGGAGCAGGACCAUGCUAUCUUCCAGGUUCACGUGGACAAAGUACCUUGAUUAAACAAAAUGAUACCACAUCAUCUUCACACCCAACAGCAUCUACCGCACCAACUAAAAAGCCAGUAACACCAAAACCAACAACCAAUGAAGACGGAGGUUUAAUUAGUGAUCCAAGAGCUACUGUUACUCCAAAAGCAGAGUGGAAACCAAAGACCCCAAAACCAGAACCAACCGAGGCACCAGCAACUUCUCCAAAGAAACAAAAAAACAAACCAUCCAACAACGAUGAUAUGAAUUCCGAUGAUUUAUCUUUAUCCUCAGAAUCAGGAUCAUCUAGCGAUGCCACCUUAGUAUCAAUCCCAAUGUUUACAUUGGUAUUUGCAAUUGUAUUUUCACUUUUUUAG